GCUGCCCGUCUUAUAAACGCACCCGGCGCAACAUCACCACAAUGGCCGAGCAAUUCUUGCGUCUCCCAGAGCUUCGGCUGCUAUUCCUCGAAUGUAUUGACAGGGACACGGCCACACUGGCAAGUCUCUGUCGCGUCAACAAGGCCCUUCACAGUCUCUUCAAGUCUUUAUUAUAUGAGUGCGUCUCGUUUCCACCAGCAAGCAAGCACUUCCUCAGUCGCACUGCCAAUGUUCCAGACCAUGGCACGCAACGGUGGGCGCUCACAAAGUCGCUCUUUGUCAGUCGCAUCGACGAUCUGGGUAGCCCCGAAACGCCAUUUGCGCCGCAUGGUUUGAACAAGGGCCUCUUGAACAUCUUGCAGCAUACAUCCAACCUCGAAUCGUAUUGGUAUGCUUGCUGUUCCCUGCGCCCUUUUCAACAAACAAAGGUCUAACUCCCCGUGCAGCAGUACGGGUGCCGAUAUGUCGCACAAUGUCAUGGACCAGUUGUCCAAGACACCUACACUGCGCCGCAUUAGAAUAUCCUUUGGCUCACAAGAAGCCAUCGGCAUCAGCUGCUGUGAACGUGAUGACCCGCCUGAAGUCUGGGCCAAGCAUGGACCACUGUUUGGUAGGCCGCAACUGCAUCUUCGCGCCUUGAGCAAUCUGACGUCCCUGGCCCUUGUUGAGAUGUUUGGUGACCUUCCGCCGUGGCAAGAAGCCAUUGCCAAUAUUCUGUCACAGAGUCCAAACUUACAAAGCCUCAUCAUAUCACUAAAUUUGGCCACUUAUGAGAGAGCCCUAACGUUGGACAGUGGACCACAUCAGCUUCAGACGUUUACCGACGGUCUCUGCGACAUAUAUGCGACCAAAACAAAGCAUAGACUACGCCUCAAAAGGCUAAGAUUAGAUGCCUACAUCUAUUGCCCCUCGUUAGAGUGUAUUGAAAAGGUCCUCGACUUGUCCGCGCUGGAGGAAGUCUUCAUUUUCAACCAGAUAUUACAAUUUCUUCAUUUCGAGACUCGAAUUGAGUUCCUCUUGGCAGAAAAGACGCCGGCACUGCGGAAACUCGAAUUCGAAGACUUCAACGCGGAGGUCUGGGAGAAGAUCGAGUCCUUUUGUGACGGGUCACGAGACUUUAUGCUCUCCUUCGCCUGUUACAACGUAUACGAUGAGAAUUUUGAUGACGAACACAACCUAUACAGUCUCUUCCAAAAACAUCCCAGCGCUGUCAUCUACGAGCUGGGGUUGCCAGUUUGGGACGGGGCUGAGAGUUAUGUUUCCACGCUUGAUCAGCUGCACGGCCAAAUUCUUCUUAGAAACCUCUCACUUCCACUAUCAGUACCCGAACUUGUAGUAGACGGAAGUGCCGAAUUAGAAGGCUGCGUGGCAUUGGUAGCUACCUUGCCAAAUCUGCAGGGACUCUUCCUUUUAAGCUACGACUGGAGGGAGUAUCCAGCCGAAAACUAUGCAUCUGCAGUUCUCAAAAUUGCCACAUCAAGUUCGUCUUUGUUAUACAUCAGGCUUGAUCGUUUAUCCUGGAAAAUCCACAGGGCCACCGAGAUAAGCAUCGUGGCGUUGACUGAGAGUGAAGAUAGGGCCGUUGCACCAGAGCUAUUCUAUCUAUGGUCACCAAUAUAUGAGGAGGAGUACUUGCCAUCCACCCGAGCAAUAUAACCUCACUUCUGCGCGCUAUUGAUCUACAGUAAAUAGGCAAAAGUUACAAGUAGUCCAGGUUUCAACAAACGUAUUCUAAAUAUAUAUUUACACAACC